GAAUCGAGUACGUACAUAAGUAAAUUAUGUGGAAUAGUUUUGAUAUACACCAAACAAGAGGCUGGGAAGUUUUUUCUCUCGAAAUUCUAUGUGCGGAUUGGCGCGUCUAUUAAAGCGCAACAUUUGGCGGAGAAUGUUUCAGUUUAGUGAAAUUCGCGGAACGUAUCGGUUUGCGUGGUUGAUUAGGAGCUAAAAGAUAGUGAGAAUAGAAAAAUAAAACAAUCAAAAAAAUAUAUUAGUUAAAUUAUUAAUCAAUAUAGAAUUCAUAAUAAUGGUUAUUAAAAACCCAAACGAUAUUUUUGUGCCCGAUUAUUUGAAUGAGGAGUUUUUCGCGACCGCACUCGAGGAAGGUUUGCGUGAAAUUCAGGUGACGGUGAAGGAAGUGACCUUCGAAUGGGGCAGCAGCCCUGGUGAUAAUUAUUGCUCACGUAUCUAUCGCAUCUUAGUCGCCUAUGAGCGUCUAGUUACAGACGAUGAGCCGCCAGUGCAAGAGCAACGGUCGCUUAUCAUCAAAUCCGUACUGUCCUCGGAAGGCACACAGUUCCUUGAAGAUUCUGGUGCUUUUCUGAAAGAGAAAUUGACCUUCUUGGAUGUAUUGCCACGGCUGCAAAUACUUAUUGAUGGUCCGAAGUUCAGUGCCACUUUUUUUCUGCUUAGCUGUUUUUAUACCAUAAAAGAACCAGCACGUUUACUCGUGCUCACCGACUUGAAGAGUGAUGGUUUUUCAAUUGUAUCGCGCCAAAAGAAACUCGAUUGGGCACACUGUGAAUUGCUGCUGCAACAAACGGGACGCUUGCAUGCGACGUCAAUGGUUUUGGCCAAGCGAGAUCCUGAAAUUACUAAGCGCUUUGUGAACGGUUUGCUGUGCAACGAGACUAUCAUAAAAAGCGAUACCUUUAAAAUAAUGUUCGGCGAAAGCCUCAAGCAACUGGCCAACAAUGCAGCGGAGUGGCCUGGUUUUGAAAAGAUCGCACAAAAAUUGCAGCACUUCUAUGAUAAUUUCAAGCCCAUAUGCGCACACUUGGGUGAUCGUCGUGCGAGCGAUCGUAUCGUUGUAAUGAAUCAUGGAGAUCUCUGGUUAGGAAAUACCAUGUUCGCCUAUGAUGACCCCAAACAACCCGACAAGCCUACGCGCGCUAUUUUCAUGGACUUCCAAUUUAAUUUCUACAGUAGCCCUGGCUGCGAUCUCAACUUCUUUCUCAACACAAGUGUUCGUCUGCAUUUGCUGCAACAACGACGCGACGAUCUAAUAUAUGUGUAUUAUAAAACAUUCAGGGAGACGCUGGAGUUCUUACAUUAUGAAAAUAUACCGACUUUGGAUGAUCUCAAGUACGAGUUGCGCUCUCGUGAACUUUAUGGUCUCUUCGCAUUGUUCGGGUUUCUACCGCUGGUAACUAUGCCAAAGGAGUUAUCCGACGAUAGCAAUAUCGACAACCUGGUGCAUGAGGAAUUCGCCCGUUUAAAGUAUAAGAAAGUAUUUGCAGAAGCCGCCUUGCAGGCUGAGCUAAAGUAUGGACUGAAACGCUUGGAUGAUUUGGGUGUGUUGGACGAGUUUUAGUUUCGAACAAACCAUACGCUGUGUACUACGAGCAUGUGAAUAUGUAUACUAACAUAGGUUUUAAGAAAAUUCAAAUGAAAAUCUUAUGAUACCAACAAAGAAAAAUUAAUAUUUAAUAAAAAUAUAUACAAAUUGUA